CAAAGGCUGUAAUUCGGCUUUUAGAAAUAAAGUUUUCUUUACUCUAAUAAACUGUCAUGGCUGCGUCCAUGACUCACGAAAAGAGCUGGUUUUUGGCUCUGGCUCUUGGAGUUACAUUUCUCAAAUGUCUUUUGAUAAAUGCCUACCACUCUACGGACUUUGAAGUACACAGGAACUGGCUUGCCCUGACUCACAGUCUUCCAGUAUCACAGUGGUAUUAUGAGGCUACAUCUGAGUGGACACUGGAUUAUCCUCCUCUGUUUGCUUGGUUUGAAUAUGGACUUUCUCAUAUUGCCCAGUUUUUUGAUAAGGAGAUGCUGGUUGUUCAGAAUCUGAAUUAUGCAAGUCCAGCCACAAUCCUGUUCCAGAGACUGUCAGUCAUUGUGGCUGAUGUGGUCUUCUUUUAUGCAGUUAAAGAAUGCUGCAAAUGUUUACGAGAAGACAAAGGAAAGGACCUUCUUGCAAAGCCACCUUUCAUCCUGACAGUGUUGUUGCUGUGGAAUUUUGGGCUUCUUAUUGUUGAUCAUAUUCAUUUCCAGUAUAAUGGAUUCCUGUUUGGAAUUCUUCUUUUAUCAAUAGCAAGACAUUUCCAGAAUAGACACUUUGAGGGGGCCUUGCUGUUUUCAGUACUUUUAAACUUGAAGCACAUAAAUCUAUACAUCGCACCUGCAUACGGUAUCUACCUGCUGAGAUGUUUUUGUUUUACCCAGAGCAAUGCAGAUGGAUCUUUGCAGUGGAGAAGUUUCAGUGUUGUGCGGCUUGUCACACUAGGAACUAUUGUCUUGUCUACUUUCGCAGUGUCAUUUGGACCCUUUAUAGCACUGGGUCAGCUUCCCCAAGUCCUGUCACGACUCUUCCCUUUCAAGCGUGGUUUGUGUCAUGCAUACUGGGCACCAAACAUCUGGGCACUUUACAAUAUUGCAGACAAAGCUUUUUCCAUCCUGGGUGUGAAAUUCAAACUACUUGAUAUAAACAAACUUCCCAAGGCCUCAAUGACUGGUGGUCUGGUUCAGGAGUUUCAGCACUCUGUGCUUCCUUCAGUCUCUCCUUUAGCAACCCUUGUUUGUACGUUACUGUCAAUAUUGCCUGCUCUUUUCAGGAUAUGGCAUAGACCUAAUGGAGCGAGAGGAUUCUUGCGCUGCCUUGUCGUUUGCGCCCUUGGCUCCUUUAUGUUUGGUUGGCAUGUGCACGAGAAAGCCAUUCUUAUGGCCAUACUUCCUUUAAGUUUGCUCGCUGUGGAGAGUAGAGAGGAUGCCAGGAUUUUUCUUAUCCUCAGUAUAACCGGUCAUUAUUCCCUGUUUCCACUCCUCUUCACCACUCAAGAGUUGCCCAUUAAAAUAUUCCUCAUGUUGCUGUUUACAAUCUUCAGUGUCACUUCUCUAAAAACGCUGUUCAGGAAGGGUGGGGCUUUGUUGAAUCCACUGGAAGCGACGUAUCUGCUGGGCCUGAUUCCGCUUGAGCUGAUCUGUGAGUUUGUUUACCCGCUGACAGUGUGGCAGAAGACAUUUCCCUUUCUCCCUCUCAUGCUCACCUCAGUUUAUUGUGCGCUGGGAGUGACAUAUGCCUUCAUCAGACUAUAUAUUUCACUGCUGGCAUGUUCAGACACCACUAAAAAGACUAAAAUGCAGUGAAUUGUGUGAUUUAGAUGGUGGUGGCUGGGCGUAAUAGCUAGGAGCUGUUUAUUUCUGUUUCAUUGGACCAAAAUGAAUGACUUGUAGAUGACAUCUUGGGAUUUGUUUGGGGACAGUUUGUGGGAUUUGAGUGUCUCGCUACUCAGUUGUUUAUUCUUUUAAAUAAUGAUACAAUCUAGCGUAUGGAUACAAAUGUUUACUUUUUAAGGUUUUUCUAUAAAUAUGUUUGCUCAGUAAACCUGCCUAUGACCUGCAGUGUUGUUGUUAUCAGCUAAAACUGUGCUAAAAACAAAAAAAAACAAAAACACUAUUAUUCAAAGGUUUUCAAACAAAAAUUUUUAAUGUUUUUUUUAAAGAAGUCUCUUCUGCUUACCAAGCCUGCAUUUAUUUGAUCCCAAAGUACAGCAAAAACAGUAACAUUUUGAAAUAUUUUUACUAUUUAAAAUAACUGUUUUCUAUUUGAAUAUAUUUUAAAAAAUCCAGUCUUCAGUGUCACAUGAUCCUUCAGAAAUCAUUCUAAUAUGCUGAUUUGCUGUUCAAGAAAUAUUUUUGUUAUUAUUAUUAUUAUCAAUAUUUAAAACAGGUGAGUACUUUUUUUUUUCCCCCAUUUUUUUUUUUUUUUUGGGGGGAAAGAAAUUAUAGAAAUGAAUACUUUUAUUUAGCAAGGAUGGUUUAAUUUUAUCAAAAGUGAUGAUAAAGACAUUUAUAAUGUCACAAAAGAUUUCUAUUUCAGAUAAAUGCUGUUCUUCUGAACUUUCUAUUCAUCAAAGAAACCUGAAAAAAAAUUCUACUUAACUAUUUUAAACUUAAUAAUAAUAAUAAUAAUAAUAAUAAUAAAUUGUUUUUUGAGCAGCAAAUCAUAAUAUUCAAAACUUUACUGUUUUUCAAAACUUUACUUUAGAUCAAAUAAAUUCAGUCUCGGUGAGCAAAAAAAAAAAAAAAAAUAUUACUGUUACAAAACUUUUGACUGGUAGUGUAAAAGCUAAUAAAAAUGACAAAAAAUGACAAAAAUUACUUAACAUCAAAAUGAAAACUCAAAAUCUAAAAAUAAAAGCUAAUAUAAAAUAUGAAUAAAUGCUAUAAUAGUAUACAAAUCAGUCUAAAAUGACCUGCUUUUAAACAUUGGUUUGUUUAACCCAUUUUAUUAAUAAGGCAACAUAAAUAUUCCAUACCAGAUGACAUGUAACCUGAUUCUACAGGAACACCAUACCUCAUUCAUGUAUUUGAUGUGUUUCCUAAAGUAUUUCUAGAGUGAAAAUGGUCAAAUACAGAGAUUUGUCACUGGAAGCAAGUGUACAGUGCAGGGUAUGAAAAUGAUAAUCUCAAAGCUUCAUAUCAAGCAUUUGCGCCUUCCAUUAAAAAACAUAAUUCAGAAAACAAAGAAAUUAAAAACAGUUCACCACAGGUGCCAACAUAACAGUCACAGAAGCCACAUCAUGCUACAGAAUUUCUAUCUCACUGCUUCAGUUCUGGGGCCUCAUUUAUAACACACAAUCCACGCCAACAUUCGGCUUUCUAAAAAGAUCAUUGAUGUGGAAAAGUGCUUAACGCUACUUCAGAUUCUUAGCAGGCAUAUGUUAGUUUCUCUGAAUCACACAUGCGCACAUUUGAGAAAUAAUACGCAACAUUUUAUAAACAAGGCCCUUGAUCUCUGGUGUGCAUCCAACAGAACAGUCAGGUGUUUAUCUACUGUUUGCUGUAGUUACAUAAUUUAAUUUUAGUGCUAAAAGAUCAAGCCGGAGUCUACACAGACAUAUUCUAACUGGUUGUUAACGAUGCUGUUAAAAUAUUUCCAACAGUAAAAGCACUUUUAAGAGCCCGUUUGUAAUUCGCCUGUGUUUUCCAAUGCAAGGCUUAU